CCUACUGCAGGCAGGGGGCGUCAACAUGGCGGAGGAGUGAGCGGUGUCUGCUCUUAUCAUAACAACGCCAGCUGCAGCCGCCGCAGUUUUCCCGUUACCCGGCGACACUGACCCGCUGGUGGCCCGGAUCCAUCUGGUUGGCAUUGGAUGUUCAUCUGUCGGGGGCUGGCGGUGAUGGAGGGGGGCUCUGCCAGGAUCUGUACCCCGGGGACCGUGGAUUAGUCAGCGCAUCACCCGCAGGUGUCUCCCUCUCCUCUCUGUGACUGCCGGGUGUCCGUGUUGCCGGGCGAUCGCUGGGACUCAGCUCCUUAAUAUUCCGGAGGAUCCGGCAUCCCCGCUGUGUGCGGAGACAUGGCCAGCAGCGCUGACAACAAGCCCGUGCUGGGGGCCGGCUGCCCGGACAGGGACGCCCCGGGGGGCUCCGGCUCCAUGGUGCUGCCCGGCGGGGUCAUCAAUCCUUCCGUGCCCAUCCGCAAUAUGAGGAUGAAAUUCGCCGUCCUGAUCGGGCUCAUACAGGUCGGGGAGGUCAGUAACCGGGACAUCGUGGAGACCGUGCUAAACCUGCUGGUCGGCGGAGAAUUUGAUCUGGAGAUGAAUUUUAUCAUUCAGGAUGCGGAGAGCAUUACCUGUAUGUCGGAGCUGCUGGAGCACUGUGAUGUGACGUGCCAGGCUGAAAUCUGGAGCAUGUUCACAGCUAUUCUACGGAAGAGUGUCCGGAACCUGCAGACCAGCACUGAAGUUGGCCUCAUUGAGCAAGUUCUGCUGAAGAUGAGCUCAGUAGAUGACAUGAUUGCAGAUCUUCUGGUUGACAUGUUAGGAGUGCUCGCCAGCUACAGUAUCACAGUCAAAGAGCUGAAGCUUCUCUUCAGUAUGUUACGGGGUGAAAAUGGAAUCUGGCCAAGGCAUGCGGUGAAGUUGUUAUCAGUGCUCAAUCAAAUGCCACAGAGACACGGACCCGACACGUUCUUCAAUUUCCCAGGACGGAGUGCGGCAGCUAUUGCGCUGCCUCCUAUUGCCAAGUGGCCUUAUCAGAAUGGUUUUACACUGAACACAUGGUUUCGUAUGGAUCCUUUAAAUAAUAUAAAUGUUGACAAGGAUAAACCUUACCUCUAUUGCUUUCGCACAAGUAAAGGUGUUGGUUAUUCUGCGCAUUUUGUGGGGAAUUGUUUGAUAGUCACAUCCUUGAAGUCAAAAGGAAAAGGUUUCCAGCACUGUGUGAAGUAUGACUUCCAACCACGCAAGUGGUACAUGAUCAGCAUUGUUCACAUCUACAACCGUUGGAGGAACAGUGAGAUCCGCUGCUAUGUAAAUGGCCAGCUAGUAUCUUAUGGGGACAUGGCGUGGCACGUCAACACCAAUGAUAGCUAUGAUAAAUGCUUCCUUGGUUCAUCAGAGACAGCCGAUGCAAACAGAGUGUUUUGUGGUCAGCUUGGAGCAGUGUACGUGUUCAUCGAGGCCCUGAACCCUGCGCAGAUCUUUGCUAUACAUCAGCUUGGUCCUGGUUAUAAGAGUACAUUCAAGUUUAAAUCUGAGAGUGACAUACAUUUGGCCGAGCACCACAAACAAGUCCUGUAUGACGGAAAACUUGCAAGCAGUAUAGCAUUCACUUACAAUGCAAAGGCCACUGAUGCCCAGCUUUGCCUUGAAUCAUCACCAAAGGAAAACCCCUCAAUAUUUGUGCAUUCUCCCCAUGCACUGAUGUUACAGGAUGUAAAAGCUAUAGUAACGCACUCUAUACACAGCGCCAUCCAUUCAAUCGGGGGUAUCCAGGUUCUCUUCCCACUUUUUGCACAGCUGGACAAUCGGCAGCUCAAUGACAGUCAGGUGGAGACUACCGUCUGCGCGACACUCCUGGCUUUCCUGGUGGAGCUGUUAAAGAGUUCGGUGGCCAUGCAGGAACAGAUGUUGGGCGGGAAAGGCUUUUUAGUCAUUGGCUACCUCUUGGAAAAGUCCUCUAGGGUUCACAUAACUAGAGCGGUAUUGGAGCAAUUCUUGUCAUUUGCAAAGUACCUGGAUGGAUUGUCGCACGGGGCACCUUUACUAAAGCAGCUAUGUGACCAUAUCCUCUUUAACCCCGCCAUCUGGAUACAUACUCCAGCAAAGGUGCAGCUUUCACUGUACACCUACUUAUCAGCUGAGUUUAUCGGCACUGCCACAAUAUACACCACCAUCCGUAGGGUGGGAACAGUAUUACAGCUAAUGCACACGCUGAAAUAUUACUACUGGGUCGUGAAUCCUGCAGACAGUAGUGGGAUCAAUCCUAAGGGGCUGGAUGGCUCCAGACCGUCCCAAAAGGAAAUAAUUUCGUUACGUGCGUUUAUGCUGCUUUUCCUGAAGCAACUCAUUCUUAAGGAUCGAGGGGUCAAAGAAGAUGAGCUACAGAGCAUUUUAAAUUACCUGCUGACAAUGCAUGAGGAUGAGAAUAUUCAUGAUGUUCUGCAGCUGCUCGUGGCUCUCAUGUCUGAACAUCCCGCCUCAAUGAUACCUGCAUUUGAUCAGAGGAAUGGAAUACGGGUCAUUUAUAAGCUACUCGCCUCUAAAAGUGAAAGUAUCCGAGUGCAGGCCCUGAAAGUCCUUGGAUAUUUUCUGAAGCACCUAGGCCACAAACGGAAAGUUGAAAUCAUGCACACUCACAGCCUCUUCACGUUACUCGGAGAGAGACUGAUGCUGCAUACUAAUACAGUGACAGUGACAACGUACAAUACGCUCUAUGAGAUAUUGACGGAACAAGUUUGCACUCAAGUUGUUCACAAGCCUCACCCAGAACCAGAUUCUACUGUGAAAAUUCAGAAUCCAAUGAUUUUGAAGGUAGUCGCCACACUGCUUAAAAACUCCACUCCAAGUUCUGAUUUGAUGGAAGUAAGACGCCUGUUCCUCUCUGACAUGAUCAAGCUUUUUAGCAACAGUCGCGAGAAUCGGAGGUGCCUCCUGCAGUGCUCCGUGUGGCAGGACUGGAUGUUUUCUCUCGGAUACAUUAACCCCAAAAACUCUGAGGAGCAGAAGAUCACAGAGAUGGUUUACAACAUAUUCAGGAUACUGCUGUAUCAUGCCAUCAAAUAUGAAUGGGGAGGCUGGAGGGUCUGGGUGGACACCCUGUCCAUAGCGCAUUCCAAGGUUACUUAUGAAGCACACAAGGAAUACUUGGCUAAAAUGUAUGAAGAGUAUCAGAGACAGGAAGAAGAGAACAUCAAGAAGGGCAAGAAAGGAAAUGUCAGCACCAUAUCUGGACUUUCUGCUCAAGCAGUAGCUGCCAAGGGUGGAUUAGAAAUUAGAGAAAUCGAUGACCUCUCCCAAAGUCAGAGCCCAGAGAGUGAAACGGACUAUCCUGUGAAUUCAGAUGCCAGAGAUCUUCUUAUAGCAACCAAAAUUUCUGAUGAUACAAUCUCCAACACUGAUAGACCAUCUGGUGGUGUCCGAGUAGAGGUUCAUGACUUAUUGGUGGACAUCAAAGCUGAAAAAGUUGAAGCCACUGAAGUAAAACUGGAUGACUUGGACUUGUCUCCUGAGACACUCGUCACCGGAGAAAAUGGUGCUCUUGUUGAAGUUGAGUCUUUGCUCGAUAAUGUCUACAGUGCGGCUGUUGAAAAACUCCAAAACAAUGUUCAUGACAGUGUUGGUAUUAUUAAGGAAACUGAAGAAAAAGAUGGCCCUUUGAUCACCCUGGCUGAUGAGAAAGACCAAACUACUUCUAACAAUACCUCAUUUCUUUUUGAUAAAAUGACACAUUCGGAGGACAAGCUGUUGCCUGAACUGACUAGUGGUAACCAUAUAACCAUUGGUAAUGUCCAGGAUGCUCAUGUUCAUCUUGGCGUCAAUGAUGAUCUUGGCUUGUUGGCCCACAUGACCAGCAGUGUUGACCUCACUUGUGCAUCAGCCGUAAUGGGGGACAAAGAUUUUAAGAUCCAUACGACGGCUGAUAGCUUAGGCAGCAUUUCUGAGAGAGAGUUGGCUUCAUCUUCAAAAAAUCUUGAAUAUGCUCAGAUGACCACCUCAACUUUAGAAAUGGAAUCUUCUGGUAACAAAUCCAUAGUGAAUAUGGAUGCUGGUAGUACAGUGUCUGAUACCGAGAGAUCUGAUGAUGGUAGAGACCUUGGGAAAGAGAUCAAGAAGAUACAGACUACUACAACCACCACACAGGCGGUUCAGGGGCGAUCCAUCAGUCAGCAUGAAAGAGACUUGCGUGUUGAUCUGGGAUUCCGUGGCAUGCCAAUGACUGAGGAGCAGCGCCGGCAAUUCAGUCCUGGUCCACGCACCACAAUGUUCCGUAUACCAGAGUUCAAAUGGUCCCCAAUGCACCAGCGACUAUUAACAGAUCUGCUCUUUGCUCUGGAGACCGAUGUCCAUGUCUGGAGAAGCCAUUCAACAAAAUCUGUCAUGGACUUUGUCAACAGCAACGAAAACAUUAUCUUUGUUCACAACACCAUACACCUGAUAUCCCAAAUGGUAGAUAACAUCAUCAUCGCCUGUGGAGGGAUCCUGCCUUUGUUGUCUGCAGCCACAUCACCGACUGGUUCAAAGGUUAGUAUAUCUGAUACUGAGCUGGAGAAUAUUGAAGUGACACAGGGGAUGUCAUCGGAGACCGCAGUGACUUUCCUCAGCCGUCUCAUGGCCAUGGUCGAUGUCCUGGUUUUCGCCAGCUCUCUGAAUUUCAGUGAGAUUGAAGCGGAGAAAAACAUGUCUUCUGGUGGCUUAAUGCGACAGUGCCUGAGGCUUGUUUGCUGUGUAGCUGUACGAAACUGCUUGGAGUGUCGGCAGAGGCAGCGAGAGCGGGGGAACAAGUCCAUGGGCAUCAAUAAGAUCCAGGAGAAUCUUCAGAAUGUACCUCUUAUUAGUGCCACAAAGACCCCAGUGGAUAAUGUUCCCAGUAACCUCUCGCCCAUAAAGGACCCCGAUCGACUUCUUCAGGAUGUGGAUAUCAAUCGCCUGCGGGCAGUCGUGUUCCGUGAUGUGGAUGACAGUAAACAAGCUCAGUUCCUUGCUCUGGCGGUUGUGUACUUUAUAUCUGUAUUAAUGGUGUCUAAAUACCGGGAUAUCCUGGAACCUCAGCGGGAGACUGCACGCUCCGCCAGCCAGAGCGCUCGGAACAUCAGGCAGGAAAUUAACUCCCCGACAAGUACAGAUACACCGGCCCUGUUUCCUGAUAUCAAGGAGAAAGAAACUCCCACACCUAUUGAAGAACUUCAUUUAGAAAGCUCUCUUCCUCACACGGACUCGGGCAUUGGAGAAGAACACAUUAGCAGCAUCUUAAAUGGAACUGAUCUAGAUAGUAGCACAAGCCCGGACAUGAUGGGUGAACUAUUGUCUACAUUGUCAUCGGAUGUGAAGAAGUCACAGGAAAGCCUAACAGACAGCCCGAGUGAACUUCUGAAACCAGCUCCCUCCAUAUCUAGCAUCAGCCAAAGCAAGGGUAUCAAUGUUAAAGAAAUUCUGAAAAGCCUGGUGGCUGCUCCGUUUGAGUUGGCUGAGGCCGGGCCUGACCCAGCUGUGCCCUACCCAGACCCUGCACUCAAAAGGGAAGCCCAGGUCAUUCUCCCCAUGCAGUAUCAUUCGUUUGACAGAAGCGUAGUUGUACCGGUGAAGAAGCCCCCACCUGGCAGUUUAGCUGUGAACACAGUGGGUGCUGCCAGCGGUGGUAGUCUCACCCCCAGCACAACACCAAAUAUAUUUGCUGCUACUGGAGCAACUCCCAAAAGUAUGAUCAAUACAACAGGUGCUGUGGAUUCAGCCUCCUCCUCCUCAUCGUCGUCAUCCAGUUUUGUAAAUGGUGCUACCAGCAAAAACCUACCAGCAGUGCAAACUGUGGCUCCCAUGCCUGAGGACUCUGCUGAAAACAUGAGUAUCACUGCCAAACUAGAGAGAGCCCUGGAGAAGGUCGCUCCUCUUCUACGUGAGAUCUUUGUUGACUUUGCCCCAUUCCUAUCCCGAACAUUGUUAGGAAGUCACGGACAGGAGCUGUUGAUAGAAGGACUUGUUUGCAUGAAGUCCAGUACGUCAGUGGUGGAGCUGGUCAUGUUGCUUUGCUCUCAGGAAUGGCAGAACUCUAUUCAGAAGAAUGCUGGUCUGGCUUUUAUCGAGCUUAUCAAUGAAGGAAGACUGCUGUGCCACGCCAUGAAGGAUCACAUAGUGCGGGUCGCUAAUGAAGCGGAGUUUAUUUUGAACAGACAGAGAGCAGAGGAUGUCCACAAACACGCUGAGUUUGAGUCACAAUGUGCCCAAUACGCUGCUGACAGGAGAGAAGAGGAAAAGAUGUGUGAUCAUCUCAUCAGCGCUGCCAAACAUAGAGACCACGUGACGGCCAAUCAGCUGAAGCAGAAGAUCCUCAACAUACUGACCAAUAAGCAUGGGGCGUGGGGAGCCAUAUCACAGAGUCAACUUCAUGACUUCUGGAGACUGGAUUAUUGGGAGGACGAUUUACGGAGGAGAAGACGUUUUGUUCGCAACGCAUUUGGUUCAACUCAUUCAGAUGCCAGAUUAAAGGCUGCCAUUGAAUACGGCACAGAUGAAGAUGUCAUGAAAUCUAAGAAGACUUUCCGGAGCCAGGCUGCUGUAAAUCAGAAUGCCGAAACUGAGCUGAUGCUGGAAGGGGAUGAUGAUGCUGUUAGUCUUCUUCAGGAAAAGGAAAUCGACAACCUUGCAGGUCCUGUGGUAUUGAGUACCCCUGCCCAGCUCAUUGCCCCCAUUGUGGUGGCUAAGGGUACCCUCUCCAUCACCACUACUGAAAUAUAUUUUGAGGUGGAUGAAGAAGACCUCAGCUUUAAAAAGAUCGACCCCAAAGUUCUCGCUUACACAGAAGGCCUCCAUGGAAAAUGGAUGUUCAGCGAGAUCCGCGCAGUUUUUUCGAGACGGUACCUCCUACAGAAUACGGCCCUGGAAGUGUUUAUGGCUAACCGCACCUCCGUUAUGUUCAACUUUCCUGAUCAAGCCACCGUGAAGAAAGUUGUGUACAGUUUACCUCGGGUUGGCGUUGGCACCAGCUAUGGUUUACCACAAGCCAGGAGAAUAUCCCUGGCCACUCCCAGGCAGCUCUUUAAAUCCUCCAACAUGACUCAACGUUGGCAGCGACGGGAAAUUUCUAACUUUGAAUACUUGAUGUUCCUUAAUACCAUAGCAGGGAGAACAUACAAUGACUUGAAUCAGUAUCCUGUAUUUCCAUGGGUGUUAACAAAUUAUGAAUCCGAGGAAUUGGAUUUAACCUUACCAGGAAACUUCAGGGAUCUUUCAAAGCCUAUCGGUGCUUUGAAUCCAAAGAGAGCAGUGUUUUAUGCAGAGCGUUAUGAGACCUGGGAAGACGACCAAACUCCACCCUAUCACUACAAUACACAUUACUCCACGUCCACCUUCACACUAUGCUGGCUUGUUAGAAUUGAACCCUUCACUACAUUUUUCCUUAAUGCCAACGAAGGCAAGUUUGAUCACCCAGACCGAACGUUCUCUGCUGUGGCAAGAUCAUGGAGGAACAGCCAAAGAGACACAUCCGAUGUAAAGGAGCUCAUCCCUGAAUUCUACUACCUACCAGAGAUGUUUGUGAACACCAAUAGCUAUAACUUUGGAGUGAGGGAUGACAGCACUGUGGUAAAUGAUGUAGACCUCCCGCCAUGGGCGAAGAAUCCUGAAGACUUUGUUCGCAUCAACAGAAUGGCACUAGAGAGUGAGUUUGUCUCAUGUCAGCUCCACCAGUGGAUAGAUCUGAUCUUUGGCUACAAGCAGCGAGGUCCGGAGGCGGUGCGGGCAUUGAACGUCUUUCAUUACGUGACAUACGAAGGGUCUGUGAACUUGGACAGUGUCACUGAUCCUGUGUUACGGGAGGCCAUGGAGGCACAGAUACAGAAUUUUGGACAGACGCCAUCUCAGUUGCUUAUUGAGCCACAUCCGCCUCGGAGCUCAGCCAUGCACCUGUGCUUCCUUCCUCAGAGUCCUCUCAUGUUCAAAGACCAGAUGCAGCAGGAUGUCAUCAUGGUGCUGAAGUUUCCAUCCAACUCACCGGUCACACACGUUGCAGCAAAUACCCUGCCCCAUCUGACUAUCCCUGCAGUGGUGACUGUCACGUGCAGCAGGCUGUUUGCAGUGAAUAGGUGGCACAAUACUGUGGGUCUGAGAGGAGCACCAGGUUACUCAUUGGACCAAGCCCACCAUCUUCCCAUUGAGAUGGACUCUCUGAUUGCCAAUAAUUCUGGAGUAAACAAACGCCAAAUCACUGACCUCGUGGAUCAGAGCAUUCAAAUUAAUGCGCACUGCUUCGUGGUCACCGCUGAUAAUCGCUACAUCCUCAUCUGUGGUUUCUGGGACAAAAGCUUCAGGGUAUACUCAACAGAAACAGGAAAACUAACACAGAUUGUGUUUGGGCACUGGGAUGUGGUCACCUGUCUGGCAAGAUCAGAGUCCUACAUUGGUGGGGACUGUUACAUUGUGUCCGGCUCACGUGACGCAACACUGCUUCUCUGGUACUGGAGCGGGAGACACCAUAUUAUUGGAGACAAUCCAAAUAACAGUGACUAUCCAGCUCCUAGAGCGGUCCUGACCGGCCAUGACCAUGAGGUUGUCUGUGUUUCUGUAUGUGCAGAACUGGGUCUUGUCAUCAGCGGAGCUAAAGAGGGCCCAUGCUUGGUCCAUACAAUCACGGGAGAUCUGCUAAGAGCACUGGAGGGACCAGAAAACUGCUUGUACCCUCGCUUGAUUUCAGUAUCCAGUGAAGGACAUUGUAUUAUAUACUACGAGAGGGGGAGAUUUUGCAACUUCAGCAUAAAUGGCAAACUUCUUGGCCAAAUGGAGAUUAGUGAUUCAACAAGGGCCAUCCUUCUGAGCAGCGAUGGGCAGAAUCUUGUGACGGGAGGAGAUAAUGGAGUUGUAGAAGUCUGGCAGGCUUGUGAUUUUAAGCAGCUCUAUAUUUACCCUGGCUGUGAUGCCGGGAUCAGAGCCAUGGAUUUGUCACACGAUCAGAGGACCUUGAUCACUGGCAUGGCUUCUGGUAGCAUUGUAGCUUUUAAUAUAGAUUUUAACCGAUGGCAUUACGAACAUCAGAACAGAUACUAAAGUUGACUGAAGUGCUGAAUGCCAAGUUUCAUGCUGAGAGCACAAGCGCUGCAGUUACAAGGCGUUGUCAUCUCUGGUGGAAAAGCAAGCCUGCAUUGAGCUCCAUUGUACAUUCCAUUACACUCAGCAAUAGCUGUACAUUGUAGUCAGCAAACCACUUUACAUUGUGUGUUUUAUUUUUAUCACAACUGAACACCAGCUGCUAAAGGCAAGCCUGUACUGUGUAUAUUACGAGCAGUAGGAGGAGUCUCGGAAAUUUAUUUCAGUUUUAUUUAUUCAUGAAAAAGCCGGUAGGACACAUCACAAAGAGACCUUUGGUCACUCAUGAAGAAGAUUUGUGUCCAGCUGCUAUGGUGUUUAGUCCAUGAAUCUUACAUCCCAUUUCCAGCCUCUUUUCAAGCUGUGAAAAAAAUAAAAUAAAAAAAAAAUAAAUAUAAAAAAUAUGUUUGAUACUUUGUACAUCAGAUGCACAUCUUUAACUUUAAAAGGGAUACUUUUGUAAAAGUAAAACCUUGUAUAAAGAACAAAAAAAAAAAAAGUUUCUUAGUUUUAUCGUAACCGUGCUUGUACUUUACACCUGAGGGAUCAGGUGUCUACAUGAAACUAAAAAGAUGCAGCUUGCAUUAAAAGGUUGAAUAUGGGUCCGAUCCUUUUAACAUUCACACCAAAAUCUGCUUUUGCACUUUUUUUUUCUUUUACCCCCCCUCCCACCCCUUUUUCCCCCUUCUUAGUGAAAUCCCGUAAACCUUUGAAACUUAGGGAUCUGAAGCCAUGGUUUGCCAUAAAUCUCUCAUAAGAGACAUACUUGCUGUGGUUCUUGGGUUAUUUAUGAUCACAAUGAAGGAGAGAUGAGGCAAAUAUAUAUACGUACAUAUAUAUAUAUAUAGAUACACCCAUUUUUUUUUUUUUAGUUCUUUAUCCGGAGUAUGGGUCUUACAUUUCAUAGUGCCGAUCAACCUGGGUUCAAGACAAAAAGAACAAGCCCCGCUGUACACAGGGAAAGGGGCUUAGAAAAAAAAAAUU